AAGGUGCUCGUGCUCGGCGACCCGGCGACGGGCAAGACGUCCAUCAUCAAGCGCUACGUGCACAACUUCUUCAGCAACCACCACCGGACGACCGUGGGCGUCGACUUCGCCCUCAAGCAGCUCACCGUCGGGCGCCGCGCCGGCGCCGCGAGGGUGCCUCCGCGCGUCGCGACGGCGCGCGACCGCAGGGACACGACGGUGCGGCUGCAGCUCUGGGACAUCGCGGGCCAGGACCGCUUCGGCGCCAUCGCGCGCGUCUACUACAAGGACGCGUUCGGCGCGUUCCUCGUCUACGACAUCAGCCGACCGGAGACGUUCAAGACCAUCGUCAAGUGGAAGGACGAGAUCGACUCCAAGGUCCACCUCCCCAACGGCAUGGCGCUGCCCGUCGUGCUGCUCGCGAACAAGUGCGACCUCGAGGACGUCGCCAUCGACCGCCAGGAGCUCGACGAUUUUUGCCGGAGCCACGGCUUCAUAGGAUGGUUCGAGACGUCGGCCAAGGCCGACGUCAACAUCGACACGGCGGCGCGG